AUGUUGACUGUCCAUAAAAUGCAUUUUAGCAUCUUCCUCCUGUUGUGGGGAUGGGUUUUAUGCACUGAAUGCAGAGUCCACCGACAAGGAAAAGAAAUACAUGAGGUAUACAAAAAAGGCAGCCGGCCGCAGCGGCAGAGGCGGGAGGCCCACGGCGAGGUGCACAAGCAAGGCAGCCCAAUCCUAAAACGAAGCCCUGACAUCACCAAAUCUCCCCUGACGAAGUCAGAGCAGCUGCUGCGAAUAGAUGACCAUGACUUCAGCAUGAGACCAGGUUUUGGAGGCCCUGCAAUUCCUGUUGGGGUGGAUGUCCAAGUCGAAAGUCUGGACAGCAUUUCUGAGGUGGACAUGGACUUCACCAUGACACUGUAUCUGAGGCACUACUGGAAAGAUGAGAGGCUGUCCUUCCCCAGCACCAACAACCAAAGCAUGACCUUUGAUGGCAGGCUGGUGAAGAAGAUCUGGGUCCCUGACAUGUUCUUUGUCCACUCCAAGCGUUCCUUCAUCCACGACACCACCACAGACAACGUCAUGCUGCGGGUCCAGCCAGAUGGGAAGGUACUUUAUAGCCUCAGAGUUACAGUAACAGCAAUGUGCAACAUGGAUUUUAGUCGCUUCCCCCUGGAUACACAGACCUGUUCUCUGGAGAUUGAAAGCUAUGCCUACACUGAAGAUGACCUCAUGCUCUACUGGAAGAAUGGCAAUGAUUCCCUAAAAACAGAUGAGAGGAUAUCGCUGUCCCAGUUCCUGAUCCAGGAGUUCCACACCACCACAAAGCUUGCCUUUUACAGCAGCACAGGGUGGUACAAUCGCCUCUACAUAAACUUCACCUUACGCCGACACAUCUUCUUCUUCUUGCUCCAAACCUACUUCCCCGCCACCCUCAUGGUCAUGUUGUCCUGGGUGUCCUUCUGGAUCGAUCGCCGAGCAGUUCCUGCCAGAGUCCCAUUAGGGAUAACCACGGUGCUGACCAUGUCUACGAUCAUCACCGGGGUGAACGCCUCCAUGCCUCGUGUUUCCUACAUCAAAGCCGUGGACAUUUACCUGUGGGUCAGUUUUGUGUUUGUCUUCCUCUCGGUACUGGAAUACGCGGCAGUGAAUUACCUGACGACGGUGCAGGAGCGGAAGGAGAGGAAGCUACGGGACAAGCUCCCCUGCGCGUGCAGCCUGCCUCAGCCUCGGCCCAUGAUGAUGGACGGCAGCUACAACGACGGGGACGUGAACGAGCUGGGGCACUACAUGGCUGAGAACGGCGACAAGCCAGACCGCAUGAUGGUGCAGCUGGCCCUGGGCUCUGAGAGGGGCUCGGGCAGGAGGAAAAGCCAGAGAUACGUCAGCAUGCGCAUCGACACUCACGCCAUCGACAAGUACUCCAGGAUAAUAUUCCCUGGGGCAUACAUUCUAUUUAACCUGAUAUACUGGUCCAUUUUCUCAUAA